AUGCACCGGCAGGCCGACGUGGACAGCGAAGCUGCGACGCCACUUGCCAAAGGUGACCAGGGGAAGGCCUCUCCGAAGAUGCUGAAGGUAGAAGGCAACGCGGCCGAGAAGGAUAUGAACAUCUUUGAAACUGGUGCCCUGGGCGCGAUGGGUGGCACCAUUCUGAUACUCGGCGUGUUCGUCCUGGGUGUGAUGGGAAGCGGUCCAGAUCGUGUUGCUGAAGCGCUUCGCUAG